AUGGUUUCACCAACUAAACUGCAAAGCGUUCCACUUCCAUUUAACAAACAAAUACAAAUUCUUCAGCAUAAAAUUCAACUCAUAGAUAAUGAUAGACAGCUACUAGAAAGGCAGAUAACCAAAAAGUUAGAUGGUCUCAAGGAUACUUCCUUAACAGAAGUUACUGCUUUAUUGCCUAACCUUGUAAAAAUAACAAAAAAUCAGCUUAAUUUGAAAAAUUAUUACAAUAUGAGAGGUCAUGGAAACCAAAUACAGUGUAUGAAAUGGGCUUCAGACUCGAGACAUUUAUUGUCUGCUGAUUGCGACCACAAAAUGCUCUAUUGGGACGCAACUAUUGGAUUGAAAAUUGGAAUACUAAAAUUAAAUUCAACAGAAUAUACUAUUUCUUGCGAUAUUUCACCUAGCUCAAGGUUAAUUGCUGUUGGCUGUUUAGAUAAUAGGUGUUCUAUAUUUCGCUUACCUGACUACGAAUCUAUUUUCAAUAGAUCUAUCAAUUAUGAUAACCACAUCAAGUCAAACGAACCCAGACAAAAUAACAUCGAAUUAUCUACCCUAUUUACUUCACCAUCAUUGCUAACUGUUUUGGCUGUCCAGGACAAGGAUGGCUCAAUACAAACAUGUGAAUUCCUUGAUGAUUCUUCAAUAUUAACAACCUCGAGCAAGAAUAUUCAUCUAUGGGAUAUAAAUAAAAGUAUAGCCGUAAGAACAUACGAACAGAAUCUUUCAGAAAUACUAGCUGUGACAACAAACAUAAGAGACCGGGGAAUUAGGAAUGGAAAUUUGUUCAUUGCUGGAGGUGUUAACGGUUCAAUAAAAAUAUACGAUCACAGAAGUCCUUCGUCCAUUGCAAAAUUAUCAAUUCCAUUAGAGUACAAUCCUUUCAAUAAUAGAAAUAUAUUCAAUGAUGUUACUUCUUUGAAGUUUCUUCCAAAAGAUAAUUAUUAUGCGGUUGGAACUAGCUUGAAAAGCAUUUAUUUCUAUGACAUCAGAGUUGGAUCUGUUGAGUUGGAUAAGUUUUUGAUAAAUUCACCUGCUAAUAGUGAAUUUAGCAAAAUAAACAAGUUUAACAUGGACAUUUCGCCAGUAUCUGAAAAUUACGGGACCAGCUAUGGAUACAAUGCCUCACCAUCAUCAGCAUCGAUAGCUUCAACUACUGAUGACGACGGGAUCAUGGAUAUCAGCUUUUCAAAAUCAGGAAGGUUAAUGUUUACAGCUGUUGAUGGAAUUGGAGGGCUUGUUUGGGACACCUUAACAGGUUGUAUAAUUAACAAGAUUGAUGGGAGAGAAUGUGAUAUACGCCACAUUUCUGUAUCUCCUGAUGGUUUAGCAGUUGCAACAGACUCUUUGAAGAAGGCUACAGUUAAUAUUUGGUCGUCUUCACCAGAUUACCAAUAA